UAGCUUACGCACAAAGAGGAAGAAUAAACCACUCUUUAGUGUGAUUAUAAAGUUACAAACACACAUGAUGAUGAAAUUUUGAAAAGGGAGAGAGGAAAACGAAAAUUCCAUCUCCCGAAAUCCAUCGUAGAUCCAUGAGAUCGUCACCGGGAAAGCUUAUCUCGCACUCUCUACGGAGAAACCGCGGGAAAACUGUUGCCGGAUUUUGGAUUCCGGCGUCGAGGUCGUGCGAUUCUCAGGUGGUGUGGAAUUCCACGGUGGUGCCGCCGCCAGAUGAAACUCCGAUCGAUGCAGGAUCGUCCAUGCGGAAACCAGCCAGCUUGUGGCCUGGAAUGUACCAUUCUCCGGUGACCAACGCGCUUUGGGAAGCCAGACGCAAGAUGUUCGAAAACCCUACCGGAGACGAUUCCCAGUCGGAAUUGGCGGCAAAGUCUCCGUCUCGGAGCCGUACAUCCAUUCUCUACAAGUUUUCUUCUGAUUUCGUGCUUCGCGAGCAGUACAGGAAUCCUUGGAACGAGAUUCGUACGGGUAAAUUGGUUGAAGAUCUUGACGCUCUCGCCGGAACUAUCUCCUUCAAGCAUUGUAGCAGCGGCGAUGGCAGUGCGAGAUCAAUGAUUUUGGUGACUGCUUCUGUGGAUAGGAUUAUCAUGAAAAGACCCAUUCGUGUGGAUGCUGAACUCAGUAUAGUAGGCGCUGUUACAUGGGUUGGAAGAUCAUCCAUGGAGAUGAAGUUACAAGUAAUACAAAGCCAAGAUGCCAACAACCCCUCUGAGUCGGUUGCUCUUGAAGCAAACUUUACUUUCGUGGCUCGAGAUGCCAAGACAGGCAAGUCAACUCCAAUAAACCAGGUCACGCCAGAAACUGAACAUGAAAAAUUGCUGUGGAAAGAAGCAGAAGAGAGGAACAAACUACGAAAACAAAAGAGAGCAGAAAGUAAAGAAGAGCAUGAGAAGCUGAAAGACUUAGAGAGGCUAAAUGAGUUAUUAGCGGAAGGACGAGUUUUCCAGGACAUGCCUGCUCUUGCAGACCGGGACAGCAUCCUAAUUAAGGAUACUUGCCAUGAAAACUCAUUGAUAUGUCAGCCACAGCAACGGAAUAUUCAUGGUAGAAUAUUUGGAGGCUUCUUGAUGCGCAAGGCUUUUGAGCUCGCCUUCUCCAAUGCUUACACCUUCGCUGGGGUUUCACCACGUUUUCUUGAAGUUGACCGCGUCGAUUUUAUCAAACCAGUGGAUGUUGGAAACUUCCUUCGUUUCAAAUCACGCGUACUCUACACAGAAGCUAACAAUUCAGCUGAACCGUUGAUAAACAUCGAGGUUAUAGCUCAUGUUACAAGUCCAGAGCUCAGGUCAAGCGAAGUCUCCAACAAGUUCUACUUCACCUUCAGUGUCAGACCCGAAGCCAUGAAAGAUGGAUUAAGAAUAAGGAAUGUGGUUCCAGCAACUGAAGAAGAAGCUAGAAGAGUGAUAGAGCGCAUGGACGCAGAGAGACCAGUCUCAUUGCCUUGAUCGCCUCAUUUGAACCGUCGAUUUUUUAGGUGUGACUAAAUAUGAAUCAGAAUUUUAAAAAAGGAGACUCAUGUGAUCAUUCUUUUCUCUUUAGCUCUCUCAACUUGCACUUAACUUAACAUGCGAGAGAAAGGUUUAUCUGAGACUGACUUAUUCUUAGCUUAUGAAAGGAAACAUCUAAUACUUUGU